AUAGUACUCGUACCCAUUAUCUGGAACACUGACGCAGCGUAAACGGCCGCCUCCAUGGCCACUUUCCCUGUUACCACCGCCCCCACUCCUCACCAGAGCACUCCACCCACAGCCGGCCUGCCCGGCCACCUCCGUCUGCCCACUGCCGCCUCCGCCGAUGCCGCCCUCAUCACCCUCUCCGCCUUCCUCUCCUCCGGCCGCCUCACGACCUCCUCCCCUUCCCUCCUCCACCGCACCCUCCGCGCCGCCGCCGACCACCGCCUCCCGCGGCUCGGCCUGCAGCUCCACGCCUUCCUCGUCAAGACCCGCUUACUUGCCGACCCCUUCUCGGCCUCCGCCCUCCUCCACCUCUACUCCACCAUCGCCCCGCUGCACCGCACCCGCCUCCUCUUCGACAGGAUCCCCAAGUCCACCUACCCCGUCCCCUGGAACACCAUGAUCCUACGGUACGCGCAGGACGGAUUCUUGGAUGAGGCGUUCGAUCUGAUGGUGGCCAUGGAGGAAUCCGGCAUCCCCAUUGGUGCCUCCACCUGGAACGCCGUCAUCGCUGGGUGCGUCCGAGCUGAGAACGGAGAGCUCGCCAUCGAGCUGCUAGGCAAAAUGGUUUCGGUUGGGGGAGUUGUGCCCAGUGUGGCCACGUUCAACACCGUGCUCCACGUGAUUUCGGCGUUGCGCGGGGUGAACGUGCUCCGAGAGUUGCACGCAUUUGUGCUGCGCAACGCUGAGGUUGUGGGACUUGGGCCUGUGGAUUUGGAUCGACUCCAGGAAUCCCUGGCGGCAGGAUACAUGUGCAGCUCCUGUGUCCAGUACGCAGGCCGUGUGUUUCGUGAUGUCAGGAUAAGCACUUGCUUCCUGGGCAACCUGAUGAUAUCGGGAUUUCUUGACACGGGGCAGCGGAAUCAAGCCUUGGGUGUUCUGCGAGAAAUGGCGUUUGGCUGUGGUCAUGAAGCUCAGCAUCUGCCAUCGGCUUCGCUUACGCUGGUCCUCCCUGAGGUCAAUCUGGCAACAAAGAGAGGCCUAGAGAUCCAUGCUUAUGCCUAUCGCCAUGGUUUUGAGUGUGACACCUCGGUCUGCAAUGCCUUGAUGGCAAUGUAUGCAAGAGGGGGCAAGAUAUGCCGGUCAGACAAGGUUUUCCAAGGACUGGAUGCUAAAGAUGUCGUGUCAUGGAAUACUAUGAUUUCAGGCUAUGCCACGGUUCAUGAUUUUGAUCUCUCAUUUGAGCUGUUCCGUGAAAUGCAACGUAAUGGUACCAGACCUGAUGACUACACAUUUACAUCAGUGCUCAACGCCUGCAGCUUUGCCUGCAAUCACAGGACAGUAAUGGCAUUGCACGGGCAAAUGAUAAGGAUGGGGCUUUGCCAUUCCUAUGUUGAUGAUAUGAAUUCUCUCAUGGAUGCUUAUGGAAAGUGUGGUUUCAUUGCUGAAGCUCAGAAGAUAUUUGAUGAAACCGAGCGAAAGGAUACAGUUUCGUGGAAUAUCAUCAUUUCGUGCUACGGCUACAGCGGUUUUCCUCAACGAGCAAUCAGGCUUUUCCAUCAGAUGCAAGAUCAAAGCUACAAACCUACCAGAGUCACUUUCAUUGCUGUGCUAGCGGCAUGCAGCCAUGCAGGCUUAGUAGACGAAGCACUGCGUUAUUUCGAGGCAAUGCACGGAGACUACAGCAUUACCGCUGAUGAGGCUCACUAUGCCUGCAUCGUUGACUGUUUUGGCAGAGCAGGUCAGCUCCAACGGGCUUAUGAGUUCAUCAGAGGAAUGCCGGUGGUUCCAAAUGCUUGUGUGUGGGGUGCCCUACUUAGCAGUUGCAGGAUACACGGAAAUAUAGGCCUAGCAGAAAUUGCCGCGAAGAAGCUCGUUGAGCUGGACCCUCAGCAUUCUGGAUACUGGAUGCUGCUAAAGGAUAUGUACUCAAAAGCCAAGAGAUGGAAUGAUGUAUCGCAACUUCGAGCUGCUAUGAGAGAUAAUGGCGUUAAGAAGUGCCCAGGUUAUAGUUGGAUUGAGGGGCGAGAUAGCGAGGUCCACAGAUUCCUUACCGCUGACAAGCUUCACUCACAAAGCCACCAGAUAUACGAAGUACUAGGUGGGUUAACCGAGCAGUUGAUGGAUGAAGGAUAUGAAAUAGAUGUCGAUUUGACAUAUACUGAGUGAGGGAUGUACUAGAUUUCUACAACUUGUCUUGAAAAUCUAGCCAUUUAGCUGACAUCCCUAGUCCCAACACCAUGUCUAUUGCAAGCAGCCACGCGAAUCUUAUUCAAUGAUUACAAGGUUGCACGAGCUAAAGAGUUCAGUUUCUGCCCAGGUUAGAAGCGCUAAGAAGUAGGCGCAAGAUGUUACAUUUUGGGCUCGUCAUCUGAUGUGUAAGUUGAUGCCUUGUCACGAAAAGAUCAGACCCGGAGCAUUGUGUAACAAGAAUAUACAGAGUUCACAGCCUAGUUUCAAUAUUUUUUUGGUGAGAAAUUCUGAUUCAAAUAUUCCACCAUGACUCAUAGGAAAGGUUCCUCAAGAUUUACUGGAUAAGAGAAGACAAAAUGAGAUUGUGGAAACAGAAAAGCAGCUGCUGACUUCAGUGGCUUGUAAAAUGCCUUAACAGGAGUCCUUGUUGGAAAAUACAGAAGGCAAAGCAGCAACGGACUGUUACUUUUGAACAAGUUUGUUUCUUGCUGGUAGUUUGCUAUAACAAAAUAGUAGGGGCAUGAAAUAGGCUGGACAGAGACGACGACUACUAUACAAUAAACGAGUAUCUUGGUCCGUUAGAUCAUGAUUUAAUUUUGAUCCGUUAAAUCAUGAUUCAAUUGUAUGUCAUAUUUAACGCUUAAACCCUUCGUUAUC